CUAAAACAUUUUGCUAACUCCCAAAAUUCUCGUUUUGUUUCCUUCCUUUAAUUCCUGUUUUGUGGUCACAUUUAUUUGCCAUUUUUAUCAUCACUUCCUUCCUUGCAAGACUCCUCUUCUUCUUCUUCUUCUUCUUUGUACCAUUCAUCAUCAUCCAACACUCACAAAUUAGUAAUAAUUUUUUGAUCAGAUUGUCAUAAAAAAAAAAAAAACACAAUCAGCUGUCUCUCUUUCAUUUUUCCUUGUCUAAUUAUAUGAUCUGAUCCUCUUAACCAACUCAAGAUUCUCCCUUUCUUUGAAAAAACAAAAAAGUCCUGUUUUCUCCAUAACACUAAGCUAUACCGCACUCAAAAAAAAAAAAAAAAAAAAAACACUUGUUUCUUUCCACUCAAUAACAACAACAACAACAACAACAAGCACAAUUAAACCCCCCACUUCCCACAUCGAUGAAUGGUGACCCAUUCUGUUAUAAAUCCUCUGUUUCAUUUCAUUUCGAUGAAAGAUUAAUGGGUUCGAUUCAGAUUUUGGUGUUUUGUCUUCUGUGUUUUGCUUCUUCAACGUAUGGGUAUGAUCCAUUGGAUCCCAAUGGCAAUAUCACAAUCAAAUGGGAUGUCAUGCACGAUGAUCAGAAUACCCAAGUUGUUAGAGUAUCCAUAUUCAAUUUUCAGCUCUUCCGGCACGUAGAGCAGCCCGGAUGGAAACUGACAUGGAACUGGACUGGUGAUGAGGUAAUCUGGGACAUGACGGGUGCUGAAACUACAGAACAAGGGAAUUGUUCUGCUUUUAAGAGUAAACAACUCCCACAUUGUUGUGAUAGGCAACCUGUUAUAGUUGAUCUUCUGCCUGGAGCCCCAUUCAAUAAGCAAGUUGCAAAUUGUUGCAAAGGAGGGGUGCUGUCAUCAAUGACCCAGAAUCCUUCGAAAUAUGGCGCUUCUUUCCAGAUGACCAUCGGUAGUUUUAACGCGAGUGUGAAUGGCACUACAGGCGAAGCUCUGACAGGUUUUCCGCAGAACUUCAGCAUUGGACUUCCUGGUUAUACAUGUGGAGAACCAUUGCAAGUCCCUCCUAGUAAGUUUAUUGAGGAUCGUGGCCGGCGAAGGACUCAAGCUCUUGAUACAUGGAAUAUUACUUGUUCAUAUUCACAGUUCAGGGCAACACCUACCCCAACCUGCUGUGUUUCCUUAUCCGCUUUCUACAAUGACACAAUCAUUCCAUGCCCUAAAUGUAGUUGUGCUUGCCAAGGCCAACCAACAGCAAAAUGCAUCAACCCUGGUGAACUGCCACCGGUGUUGCAGCUACACCACAAUGAAGAACCACAGCCGGUGGUAAGAUGUACGCCUCAUAUGUGUCCGAUAAGGAUUCACUGGCAUGUAAUGCUUAGUUACAAGCAGUACUGGAGAGUGAAGCUCACAAUCACCAACUUAAACUUUGUGAAAAACUACACCGAUUGGAACCUAGUUGUUCUGCAUCCAAACCUCAAAAAAGUUACCCGGGUUUUCAGCUUCAAUUACAAGCCCAUAAAUCAAUAUGGGGCACUCAAUGACACGGGGAUUUUCUACGGGAUUGAGUACUAUAAUGACAUGCUUCUGCAAUCAGGGAAGACUGGAAAUGUGCAGACUGAACUAUUACUCGAGAAAGAUACAGGGUGGAAAUUCAGUUUUGGAGAAGGAUGGGCAUUUCCAAGGAAAAUAUCAUUCAAUGGGGAAGAAUGUGUGAUUCCACAACCAGAUUAUUACCCUACACUUCCAAAUUCAGGGCCAUUUACUGCAAUUGCGUUACCUCUCUCACUUAUUGUUCUAAUAGCAUUUCUUGUACUCUAUAGAAUGACCUGAAUUUCACUUAUUCAUCCAUGAUAUACUUAGUUUAGUAAGAAUAAGACCAUAAUUUAUGUAAAGAUUCAUCCAUACAUUUUAGACCCUUCUAAUUGGUCAAUUUUCUAUUUUAUACUAGUAUUUCGAGUUGGG